AUGGUUGGUAAGAAGGAGAGGCAUGAGGAAUUCAUAAGUUGCAUCUUGAUGGGUGAACUUAAUGAUAUGCCAACUGAUUUUGUGACAGGAUUAUGUACGACAACGAUCUCAGAACCGAAGGAGAAGAAGAAGAAGAAUCAUAAUGUAGAUAUAAGGUCAGAUCUCUUACCAGAUACGGUGGAAUUACUUGAGAAAUCACAAAUUGAUAAGAUUGUCCUUAGUGAAGGUAGUAUGAUUUACGAUAAAGUUCAAUUGAAUAUUGAUUCAUUGCAUUUGACUGAUGAGGGUAAUGAUUCAUCAUUAAGAUUGUAUGUUUGGUAUGAAUUAAUACGGCUGUUGACUGGCCAUCAAAUAUUUAUUGACUCAUUGAAUGAGAAAAUUGAAUAUACAAGAUGGGUAGGUAGGAUGUCUGGAAAUUCAGAUGAUGAUGAGGAUGAUGGUGAUGAUAAUAAUAACAAUGGGGCAACACUUUGUAUGGAAUUACAAUCCGGUAAUAUAUUGAAAAAAAUUGCAGAAAUUAAAUUAAAUGUGGUCCACACUGGUGAAGUGGAUUUAUUUCAAAUGACUCAAUUGUUAUUUAAUGACUAUUGUAAAAUUAAUGACGAUAAACGUCUUUUAAAUUCUAAGUUGAAGACACUGAAUGAAAGACUUCGAAAUUUUGAAGAGGAACGUGUUGCAUUAGAUAAAAUUUUACAAGAAAGAGAUAAUAAAACACGAUCAAUUGUUGUUGGAUUACUUAAUUCUAAGAAGAAAAAAAUCCGUUUUUUGGAACAAAAAUUAAAAGAUAAUGGGAUCAUUGAUGAGAUUGAUAUCUCUGACUCUGAAAUUAUUAAUAAAAAUGUAACAAACGUUGUUUCAAAAUUGAAUGCACCUGGUAGGAAAGGGAAAAAGAAAUCAUCACCCCUCAAAACUGUUAAGCAAAAAAGGGCAACAAACAGUGAUAAUGAUGAUACCCUUAGAAAACGUCAAAAGAUAAAUAAUAAUAUUUUACCAAAUGGUAAAGAUGAUAAAGAUGACUUCGUCGAUUUCCAAUUUUACGGUAUCUCAAGUAGGAAUGACAAAAGUAGAAGCAGUACCCCCAAAACGGAUAAUCUGAAAAGCGAAGACAAUGAUGAUAUCAAAUUGGAAGACGUCUCUACACAAGAUUCAAUAUCAAAUGUUCACACACAGGAAUCAAUGCCAUCUGAUGAGUUUUUAGACCCUGAAGAAAAACAGGCCACAAAUGACAAUGGUAAAGACGAUGAUAUAAUGAUCAAGUUAGAAGACUCUACGGAUCAGAAGACCUCUCCUCCAUUAGAGGCAACUGAAAGACGAAAAGCAAAGAAGGGUUCUUCUGAAGAUAAAUCAAGUUCAAGUACGGAAGAUGGGGACAUUAAAGAACCAACAGAUGCUAAGGAAUCUGGUACAGAUGAGAGCUCAACAGAGGGUGAAACAGAUACAGACACUUAG